UUAUAUAGUCAUUCAUACAUGUAUCGAUUCAAUCCCGUCUUCGUCCGUCCCAUCCCUGCAUAGCGCCGUUUCGAACUUCGAAUCCACCACACCACUACCACCAUACUACCACUUUAUCACUCUACUACUCUGCCACUACUUCCACUACUUCCACUACUCCCAAACCAACGCUUCUUUUCAGUCAGCAUUUGCAGUUAAAUCUGUCAUAAAAACCAGCCUGUCGUAACCAACCCACCACAAAGAGAAAUCGAUAUUUAGUAUAUACCUAGGUAGACCUCGCAGAAACGAUGCCUACUUCGUUAGAUUCAUCGCGCCCUAUCAUGGCGCCUUCUACUAUCGGCUCCCCCCGCGCAUCAGUGCGAUACAGCACAUAUAGCACAGCGCCGUCAUUGACGGCAACAGUACUAACGACCGAUUCGGCGCACGCUGAGAUUCGCGAAAUCGAGACCGGGCUCGCGCGCAUGGAGAAUAGGGCUCUGUCAAGUCAGCGAGUCGUCCUGUCUGAAGAGAAGUCGGCCAACCUUAACAAGCUCGCCCUCGGUGCUAAGCUCGACCGUGCGCUCGAGCGUCGUAUGACUAGUCAAGAUGCCGUCAUGAGGCCAAGGAACCGAAGCAUCCGUGAGAAGGAUCCGGAAAAGCAACAACACUAAGGCUACUGUAAAUCGAGAGGAAAACGAAACAACCCGAAACGAGAAGCAAGUAAUUAAAGGACGUUGGAGGAUGAUACCAGGCGAGCGACAGCGAUAGCUCUAAAGCAUUUCCUGUUUUUUUUUAUGUUGUCGUCGUUUUAUCUCAUUGUUAGUCGGUCUUAAGGAUGAAUUCGAGAGGCCGACAUAUCAUUUCUAUUCAAAUCUUUACCUACGGACCGAGACACGCAGGCUGAUUCAGCAUCUGGCCUAAGAGGAAUGGAGUUUGCGACAGGAUCACAUCCCUUCACAAAUCCAAGUCAGCCUACUAGUUGUCUAUGACGGAUACGAUAGACGAGGCGUAUCUGGAGGGGUUCGGCUGGAGCUCGAUAUUAAAAGGUAAUAUCAUAAGUCCC